AUGAUAAAUAAUAAUAAAAAUCAAAAGCAGCUUACGUGUAAAGAAUAUUCAACUAAAUAUCAAAGACCAACAUCACCCGUCCCAACCUUUUCAGUUAAAUUAUCAUCAACAAAUGAAUAUUCAGUUUAUUCAGGUAAUGAUUCGGCCUCAAUAGCACAAGCGGCAUAUAGUAAUGAAAUGAUGAAUAUGGGAUGGGCUUAUUUAUCUAUUACUACAAAUUCACAGUUUGAGGAUUCAAUACAAGCAGAGGCUGCUGGUUACAUAGAAGGCUAUUUAUCAUAUGAAAUGAUAUGGCAAACAUGGUACAACAUUAUGGUAAAUGAAUAUAAUAAUAAAACAAUUCCAUCAGAAAUUAUCAACUUUCAAUCAGAAAACUUUUUAUAUAUGAAGGAUAAUAUAUAUGCAAAUGCCAAUGACCCAUAUUGGGUUCACAUUGGCUUAGUUUGGUCCCAAUUAAGCGGUAUGGUUAAAGGUUAUAAUGAUGCAAAUCAAGAUCCAGACCGUCAACUCUCAUUUACAGAAUUUGCAUUAAUCAAUAUGGAUGCUGAUUUAGGAGAUAUUGUACAGGCUUUAAAUAUUUCUGAUGCUAAAGAAAGCAAGCGUAUGGACCACAUUAAAAAGACCGAUCAUUGUUCAGGUCUAAUUAAACUAACUGAUGAUUUAACAGAGCUAUACUCUGCACAUACAUCAUGGAGUAGUUAUGUUAAUAUGCUUAGAAUAUUUAAAUCAUAUAAUUUUAAAUUUUCUACCCCAGCAAAAUCACAAUUAACUAUUUUUUCUGGUUAUCCAGCUACCCUUGCAAGUUUGGACGAUUUUUAUUUAUUAGAUACAAGAUUAGUAGUUUUAGAAACAACAAAUGGUUUAAAUAACAAUGAUUUAUAUUAUCUUAUUAAUCCAAGAACCGUUUUAACAUGGAUGCGUGUUAUCAUUGCCAAUCGUCUUGCUAACAAUGGUUUAACAUGGUGCGAAACUUUUGAAAGAGAAAAUAGUGGUACAUAUAAUAACCAAUGGAUGAUUGUAGAUUAUAAGAAAUUUGUACCAGGUGUUAAAGUACGUGAUGGCACAUUAUAUGUUUUAGAGCAAAUACCAGGCUAUAUAGAAUAUGCAGAUACAACCAAUGUAUUACGUACAGGAUAUUUUGGAUCAUAUAAUUUACCAUACUUUGAAAAUGUAUUUAAUAAGUCGGGAUUCAAUGAUGAAGGAUCAUCAAGUGGAUAUGAAGCAUAUGAAGAAGAUGUCCGUUCACAAAUUUUCAGACGUGAUGCAAAUAAAGUUUACACGCUCAGUGAUUUCCAAGCAAUUAUGAGAUAUAACGAUUUUCAAAAUGAUCCAUUAGCAAAAGGGGAUGCUGCUCAACAAGUAUGUAGUCGUUUCGAUCUUAAUCCACCAACAGCAGAGGACUAUGAUGCCUUUGGAGGUGUUGAUAGUAAAGUAACAUCGCUAGAUUUAGUAAAUCAACAAUUGGUAAUUGCUCAAUCGGGUCCAACCCAUGAUCAAGAACCAGCUUUCCGAUGGUCAUCGGGUAAUUGGACAUCAUUAUACCCAACCAUUGGUAUGCCGGAUUUAUAUAACUUUACUUGGGUUACUUUUUCAGAUACAUCUUAUUCUAUUAAUGAAUAAUAACAAAAUGAUAAAGAAAAAUUUUAGUAAAAAAAAAAUAAAUAAAAGAAAAAAAUUUAUUAUAUAUU